GAUGGUGAAUCUGAGGAGGAUGGUAAAGAUGAGGAAGACAGUGAGGAUGAAGAGAGCAGUGUAAGUGAUGACAGUGCUUUGGAUGAUGAUGAGAAGAAUGGCCAGUGUAACCGAAACAUACUGAAGGAUAAUUCAUCUGGCAGGAAUUAUGAUGAGGUUGAGGAUGAUGAUGAUGAUGAUGAUGAUGAUGAUGAUGAUGAUGAUGAUGAUGAUGAUGAUGAUGAUGAUGAUGAUGAUGAUGAUGAUGAUGACAGAUGAUGAUGUAUCCUAUGACUCACAAGAUAUGGUUCAUCAAAAGAAUAAUAAAAGUCUCAGAAUGAAAGAAACAGAGAAGAAAGGUGCUUCUGGAGUCAAAAACCAAAAAGGACAGAAACGAAAACUUGAGACAGUACUUUCUGAAGAUGAAGCAGAGCUGAUUGAAGAUGAAGCAGAAGACCAAAGCAGAGAUUCAGAUCCAUUUGCUGUUCAUUUUGAGAGAGAUUUGAGUGACAAGGAUGUUGAAAUUAUGAGUCAAAACGGCACCUGGGAGAAGCGAGAACUGAAGGUUCCAAAUGUUGGUAAGGCUUUCCUUCUCUCAAAGAACUGGAAUCUGGUUUCAAAGAUGGAAACAGCAAAUCUUAAAGAUCUUAAAAAAGUCAAUGUGAAGCACACCCUCUGUAACCAGGUGGGGGAGACUAACCGCAGUAUGGUCCAGCCACCCUCCCUCAAGGCUGCAGACGAUCUGUCGCCUCUCCAACAAGGACUGUUCUCUCUGCUUAAUGCUUACCAGGAUGUCUCCUUUACUGAGCGGACCCACAGUAAUGGAGAGGAGAUUCGUCUAGUGUACUGCCUGCAUGCUCUUAACCAUGCUUUGAAGACUCGAGCACGAGUGGUCAGCCACAACACCAAGAUAAAGUCAAAACAGAAAGCUGAUAUGGAUGAUUACCGAGACCAGGGUCUGACCCGGCCUAAGGUGCUGAUGGUGCUUCCCUUCCGAGAGUCGGCUCUCCGAGUGGUCAACAUCAUGUCCAGCUUGUUGGCACCCGCGGAACAGGUGAUGGUGAGCAGCAAGAAGAGGUUCAAGUCUGAGUAUGGAGCAGAAGAUGAAGACAACUACAGAAAAGGCCUCAAACCAGAGGACUUUGAGUCAUUGUUCACUGGAAACAACGAUGACCAUUUCCGCCUGGGAAUAUCGGUGGCCAAGAGGUCCCUGAAGCUGUAUGUGCCUUUCUACCAGUCAGACAUCAUCCUGGCUUCACCACUUGGCCUCCGGACCAUCAUAGGAGCUGAGGGAGAGAAAGACCGGGACUAUGACUUCUUGUCCUCCAUUGAGCUACUCAUCUUUGACCAGGCAGAUGUCUUCCUCAUGCAGAAUUGGGACCAUAUCUUGCACCUGUUCAAGCAUCUGCAUCUUCAGCCUAAGGAGAGCCAUGGUGUCGACUUCUCCCGUGUGCGAAUGUGGACUCUCAGUGGAUGGUCUCACCUGUAUCGCCAGUCACUCAUCUUCAGCGCGGUGCCCACUCCAGAGAUCAAUGCCGUCUUCAACAAGUAUUGUCAUAACUAUGCAGGGAAGGUACAAGUUUGUCGAGAGCCAGGAAAUGGAGUCAUCUGCCAGAUCAUCACUCAGACCCCACAGACUUUCCAGAAGAUAAGCUGCAUGUCCUUCACCCAGCUGGCUGACACACGGUUUGACUUCUUCAUAAAGAAGCUAGUUCCCCACCAUAGGGACCCUGUGAUGAAUCGAACUCUUGUGUACAUCCCAUCCUACUUCGACUUUGUUCGCAUAAGGAACCACUUCAGGAAAGAAGGCGUCAACUUCGUGCACAUGAGCGAGUAUGCGACAGACAAGGGCAUAUCAAGAGUGAGGUGUGACUUCUUUCAUGGCAAGGCCCAGUUUCUACUGUACACGGAACGGCUGCACUUCUACCGAAGGUUCAGGAUACGAGGGAUCAAACACAUAGUGUUCUAUGACCUGCCUACCUAUCCUCACUUCUAUACGGAAAUGUGCAAUAUGAUCAAAGACCCCAAGCGUGGGAUAGAGAACAAGGCGGCAACAUGCACGACUAUCUACUCCAAGUAUGAUGCCCAGAAGCUAGCAGAGGUCGUGGGUGCAGAGAGAACUGCCAUCAUGUUGAACUCUGAGAAAUCUGUUCAUAUGUUCGUCACUGGAGAAAACAGCUGAUCUUCAACAUAAGUGGUACAACGGUUAGACUAAUGUUGUCAAUAUGGCUGUGAAUAAUGGGGCUCUUCUGAGGCACUGGGGGGAAAAUGUUGAUGGGAAGAGAAGGGACAUAACUCUUGUGAGACCAAGUGUUCAUGACCACAGAAAGGUGGCCGAUAAAGUUCAUUGCAAGGACUAACGGUGCUUGAAGUACCGUGAUACUGCAGUAUAUUGCCUUCGUGGUGGCUGUGCGACUCACUGUGUCAAGAUGUUGUGAAGAUUGCCUUCAGAAUCCCAUGUUUGUUGUGACAGGAUCGGGUGGUCAGGCUUGCUGACUUUGUUGACAUGGAACACUCUGGUUCAUCUACCCACAUGUUACUGCCUGAAUAUUACUCAUUCAGUCCUGUGUGUCAAGUACGUCCAUGAAGGAUGUACAAAUGCCUAGAGACUUCUGAUUAUGCUGACUUAACACAUUUUACAAGUAUAGGAAGAAAAAUAUCCCUUUUCAUGUACUACUGAAAUUGUCCAUCCAACUAAAAUCAUAACAACUGACUGUUCCUAUCCUGUUUCACUGAAAGGUUAUCUAAUUGAUACUGUUUGAGACCCCAAAACACCAGCUUGAUCAGUCUAUCCACAUGACACUAUUGUGAAUGUGUGUAGUAGUUUACAGUGGCAAUUCAGACUAUAAGAAAUGUCCCUCGAUUGUUACUACUCCUUGUGUAGAAUGGUAUCUGAUGUACAUAGAGGGGACUCUACAUGUGAAUAUGUAUUUGCAAGUGUAUAAAGUUUAACACUUCCCAUA